AUGCACACUGUCCCUCCGUUGAAAGAUAAAUCUCUUUUGAUUGGUAAAUGUUAUGUCAAUGGUGAAUGGGUUGAGGCGCAGUCGAGACAAACUUUUGAAGUUCACGAUCCAUCCACAGGAAAACUCAUUGGAACGUGCCCAGAAUUCACCGCCGAAGAUACCCAAAAGGCCAUCGAUGCCGCGGUCGCUGCCUUCCCAACCUUCCGCAAAACUUUGUCCCGCGAGCGGGCGCGGAUGCUCCGAAGAUGGUAUCAAUUGAUGAUAGACAAUGCGGAGGAUAUUGCUACACUAAUAACAUGGGAGAAUGGAAAACCUUGGGCAGACGCCAAGGGCGAGGCAAACUACGCUGCUAACUUUUUCGAAUGGUUCAGUGAAGAGGCUCCAAGGAUCUAUGGCGACACCAUUCCAUCGUCCGUUCCAGGAAAUAGAAUAAUGACCAUUAAAGAACCCGUUGGUGUUUGCGGUUUCAUUACGCCCUGGAAUUUCCCUGCAGCGAUGAUCACAAGGAAAAUCGGCCCUGCUCUGGCGGCCGGCUGUACCGUCGUUGCUAAAUCCCCCGGUGAGACUCCAUUUACCGCCAAUGCAAUUGCUGAAUUGGCCCAUCGUGCUGGAAUUCCCAAGGGGGUCGUCAAUGUCGUCACAGCGCUGAAAAACACUCCUGAAAUUGGCCUUUGCCUUACUACCAACCCCGAUAUCCGCAAAGUGUCCUUUACGGGCUCCACCGCUGUUGGCAAGCUUCUCAUGAAGCAGUCUUCAUCAACAAUGAAGAAACUCUCUUUCGAACUCGGUGGAAACGCCCCAUUCAUUGUUUUUGAUGAUUGUCCUGACCUGGACGCAGCCGUCGCUGGAGCCAUCGCCUCCAAAUUCCGAAGCUCUGGCCAAACCUGCGUCUGCGCCAAUCGUAUAUACGUGCAAAGGGGGAUCUAUGACAAAUUCGCUGCCAAGUUUGCCGAAAAGGUUAAGGGAUUCAAGCUCGGCCACGGGUUCUCUGAAGGUGUCACUCACGGGCCUGUUAUCCAUUCUCGCGCCAUCGACAAGGUAUCGGAGCAUGUUCUUGAUGCUACAUCCAAAGGUGCAACCGUUCUCAUCGGCGGUGAGAGAGCUCUUGAUCUGGGCUCGAACUUCUUCCGCCCUACUGUCCUAAAGGGAAUGACGAAGGAUAUGAAACUGGCGUCCGAGGAAACAUUCGGUCCCGUGGCAGGUAUUUUUUCCUUCGAAACCGAGAAGGAGGUUGUUGAACUUGCGAAUAAAGCUGAGGUAGGAUUGGCUGGCUACUUCUACAGUAAGGAUAUGGGACGUAUUUUCCGUGUUGCAGAGGCCCUGGAGGUUGGUAUGGUUGGUGUUAAUACAGGCAUUAUUAGCGAUACCGUUGCUCCGUUUGGUGGCAUCAAGCAGAGCGGGUUCGGUCGCGAAGGCAGCAAAUAUGGUGUCGAUGAAUUCCUCACCAUCAAGACCGUUACUUUCGGGGGCGCUGGAGGGCCCUUGGAGGAAUAA